CCCCGCCCCCCCCCCCCCAGCUUCCCGGCUCCGGCAAGCGCUGGCAGGGAGAGCAGCCAGGCGAGAGGGGAGGUGGCUAAAGCCCGGCUAAUCCCCCAAGGAGCCCUGACUGGCAGAGAGCUGCCUUUUUUCUUCCCUUCGGUGUGUGCACGUCCGUCUGUCUCUCCUCCGUGCGCCGCGCCCGCCACCUGCCUCCUCUUCCCCUGCAGCUCGCCGGAGACAUUGCCACGGUCGCCUGCAAACUUGGGGAAGGGGGGAGCGAGGGAGGAGGAAUAACCGAGCGCCGAGGAAGAAAAAAAUAAAACGGGGGGGGGGGUUGGGAGGGGGAGCUGGGUCUUCUGUCCGCACCUCGGGCGGGCGGCGGAGCUGGCUUGGGAACAGGCGAGCCGGGGAGAGAAGAGAUGAGCCCCCAGCUGUCCACGAGGCGGAUGAAGAGAAGCCCCCCAUGAUGGGAUCCUGCGUGUCCCAAGAAUUCUUCACAAGUGCUCAGAAGGAAUAUUCCAUCGCCAGCCACCCACAGUGCCCUCCUUCCACCCACCAUGACAGUCAGCAAGUGCCUGCAGCUGCCCUGGAGAAGAAUAACAGCAAGGAAAACCAGAUGGAUUUCUGCUGGGACCCUCUGCAGAAAUGUUUCAAGACAUCCAGUGGGAUCCUCUCCGAUUCCAAAUUCGGCUCCAGCGGUUACAACGUCACGGCCCUGGCGACCUCCUCUCUGGUGGGGUUAGUCCAGACCAUAAAGGACCACAUCACCAAACCCACCGCCAUGGCUCGCGGCCGGGUGGCCCACCUCAUCGAGUGGAAAGGCUGGAGCGCCCCGCAGGUGGGCUGCGAGCCGUGGCUGACGGAGGAAGAGCACUACUCCUACCUCACGGACGAGCUGAGGGAGGCACGCUUUGCAGCAGGGGUCGCUGAACAAUUCGCCAUCACCGAGGCCACCCUGAGCGCCUGGUCCUCGCUAGACGAUGAAGAAAUGAAUUACGGGGGCAGCUCCCAGGAGAUCGUACAGCUUCAAGACCUGGAGAGCAUCUACCUGCAGGAGAAGCUGGUGCUGAGUCCCCAGGUGAUAAGUAGCCCCCACCUGGAAGGCAGCCUGCCCGCCUGCUCCUCCUCCACCCACACCUCCCCCAUACCCUGGGUGCACUCCGGAGUGGACAGGUGGACCUCGACCCACCCCUUCCCCGGGGCUCUCCCCUGCGGCUCCCCGCGGACCGGGAGCUCCCGGGCAGACAGCUCGGAGAAGGAGCAGGCCUGCGUGGGGAGAGAGCAGGAGGGCACGACCAGCGUCGGCCAGAAGCGGCUCAGCAACUCCCUGCACUACGUGGACAGCAGCUCCCUCUCGGAGGACGAAGUGUUUUAUAACUAGGUCCCCCGCCCCUCCCCGGGACAGGAAGGGGGGCCGGGGCUGCCCUGAGGAUGGCGCGAGGGGCCCUGCCGAGCUGGCUAGUUCCAGCUCCCUGGAUGCUGCUGGGAGCAGUGAUUAGAAGCCGCCUAUUGGUUUGAGACAGUGCGGCAAGGCAACACCAACAGCAUCCCUCCUACCGGUGACCGCUGGGGCUGCCUGGCCCUUCAGAGGCGGCAUUCGCUGGACUGGCGCUGGUUGCACCGAGUCUGGGGCUGAGAUUGGUUUUCCUUCGGCCAAGGCUGCUGAGCUGCGCUGAGACCAAGACCCGUUCCGUCCCCCGGUGGGUUCCCCGAGGACUGGGACAGCCGGGGAGCAGGGGAAGCAUCCGCAUCAGUGUCUGUGCUCCAGCCGGCAGCCGGCCACCCACGGCGCUCCCGGCUAGCCACGCGAGCGCGUGGUCUGUGUGCAAGCCGCCACCCGCCGCUUUGGCUUCUUGUCUCCACGUAGUUCGGACGAGCUCCUGGCUGGUUUAACAUGGGCGCUUCUCUGUGCUCCCCCGUGCAAUUCCAGCUCGCUGCACAGAUGCGUUCUCAAGCCACUUGGGGUCAGGGGCUUUGGCGUUUGGCUAGCGAGCAGCUGGUUUGUACUAGGAAAUCAUCCUGGUCUCUGAGGCUGGGAGUUUCAAAGGCGCCUAAGGGGGUUAGAUACCCAAAUUCCAUCAAGGCAGGGGGAUGGGGAUGUCUAAUUCCCAUAAGCUCCUAAAGGCGGAAAUGCUACAAACCCAGUCAGUUUGGUCCUUCCUCUUUACAGGACCAUAGUUGAUUUCCAGGGCCCAGCUACCGUGUGGAUGCUAGUCAUGCCCCCCAGCUACAGCCAUGCCCCCGCAUUGCACGGCACCGUGGGUAGGGCCGGGACACAGUGCGGAUCGGGGACCGUGGUGACAACGGGGUCAGCCUAGACUACAGGCCAGGCCCUUCCUCCAACCAACCCCACCCCUCCACCAUUGCUGUGCGCAGCUGGCUUUGUUCUCUGACCUCAAAGGUUUGGAUGGUUCUGUGGGCAGGUCCUAUGGCUACCCCCCCACACACACACCCUAAUACAAAUGAGAAAAAUCUCAGCUAGCCCACUGGGGGGAAGGGGAAGGGGAGACAGGCGAAUGUUAUAUUUUAAUUUAAAAGACUUUGUACGUUGGCACCGCUCUGCCUGGCACCUUUGGCAGGUUCCCGCCCGUCGCUCUGGGCGGGGGCUGCAUCCCGCGGGAUCUCCUCCCGUGCAGGGGGCUUCUGUAAAGCAGGGGGCUGGUAUGUGCAAUGACGGUCACUGCUGGGCGCCGCUGCCUCCCCUUAGAGCUGGUCCUAAGCCCCCCUCCCUUCAGCCAGCCACUGCCCAGCCGGCAGAGCGGGCACCACGCCUGGCGCUGUGUGCUUUGUAACCUAGCUGGUUCCUAAUGUUGCGUGGAGACUGUGUGCACCUUAGCAACGCUUCCUGCGUCAACCGGGGCAAGGGGAGUGGGUCCCCCGGGGGAUGCAACGGCUGUGAUGCCUUUUCCCCUCCGCGCUCCGUGUCCCCAGAGAAAUACAAAGGAUCAAGAGCUCCACACCUGCCAGCCCUCAUCUCUGAUUUACUGCGCGCGGUGAGUGGGAACAAUGGAUUUCAAAGGAGCCCCCCAUCCCCUGCUGUGUAGGCCACAACAGCCUGGCUGCCCUGGGGAUGGUCUAGGACCUUCCACUGGGGACCGGCAAGGGGUGGUCUGGCUCCUCGGGGCUCGUGCCUGCCCCCUUGCAGUGAGGGAGCGAUUGCAUAGCAAAGGCAGCACGUCACAUUACAGGAGAAUUCAGUGCAGGCAGGUCUGUGAUGAACCCAGACGUACACGGCAGGAGCCGGGGCCUUUCACUGCCCGAAGCACAAGCCCCUACCCCUUGAGCUCAAGGAGCGUCUCUUCUAGGGCUUGCUAAGAAGCAGACUCUUGUCCCGCUGGGCCUGGCCCCAAGAGGGCGGCAGGCACUAAAUUCAGGAUGGCACGUGCACAUUUCACAUUGCAGCCUUGGCUUGCCCUCGGCGCUGACAGUCUGUGGGCCAAGUUGUUUGUCCCUGGGUAGCUGUGUGUUGUUGUGUCUCCAGGGUGGGUGAGGGCUGCCAGCAGCUGGCAGGCUCCCCAGGCCAGAGAGGUCCAGGUGUUGCCUCUGCUGUCACAACCGUGGCUCCUUGCGGCGGGAGCAGGAAGGGCGGAGGAGCUUUCAAAUCCAU